CAUGAACUCAUGAUCAGCGUAUCGGCGUCCCUUCCGCCUGAGCUCGAGCGCCACAUAUUCGAGCUCACUGUCCUGCUACAUCCUGUGACGGGCCCCAAGUUGAUCCUGGUUGCUCAAAGGGUUUAUGAAUGGCUUCUACCGUUUCUUUACCGUCAAAUAGACCUUAUUCAAGAGACCCACGUCCACACAUUCCUCAGCGCAAUGGCAUCGGACCGCCAGUCGUUGCUGCUUGGAGUGCAUGACAUGGUGUUUCCGAAUACCCCCACCACUCGUCAGCAUCGUGUUGCUCUCUACACUGGGUUACGCUUUUGUCGCAACCUUUCGGGGCUCGCACUCGCAGCGUUUGCAUCUUCCGAGAUACUAGACCACCAAACUCUCGCAUCUAUAAAUUUGCGGCGCUUUACUGCCUCGCUGUAUCCGUAUCUCCGCACGGGCAUUGACCAGGGCUUACUUCUCUCCGCAUUCCAACACCUGACGCAUCUCCACUGCCUCAUGGACACAGGCGACAACACAGACGCCCUCCGCCGCUUCAUCGUGCAGCUGCCGGCGCUGACGCAUCUCGCGCUGACGUGGUUCACCGAGCCGGGCUAUGCCGAGCGCCUAGCGGGCGAGCUCCCGCGGUUGCGUGUUUUCAUCCUCGCCGUGACCGCCGCCGAGUUCCGGGGUAUAUCGGCAGAGAGUCCUGUGUUCGACCGCGCCACCUUUCCGGAGCUCCGCGACCAGCGCAUUGUCGUGUCGGUGUUCCGGCAGUGGUACGAGGGUAGCCUGAGCAAUGCCUCUGUGACCGGUGAAAAGAACCUCUGGGAUCUCGCCGAGGAUUUUAUCGAGGCAAAGGCGGCGGGGUCGGUGCCAGCCAGCGAGCUCUGGGCACGUCCUUGA